CACAAUUGACAAUGUUGUUUUUUUAGAGAAAAAUUGUUUUUAUUCCACAAGUCUAAAUUAAAGAUACAUUACAGAAUCUUGAAAAGAAUCUAUAGUACAAUUUUUGUUGAUAAAUAAAUUGAGAAAUAGAUUUUCUUACUAAUAAGAUUGCUAUCAAUGAAUCAUGCCUAUAACCAAUUUUAUUUACAUGACACAAAAUAUACAUAAAUAUACAUUUCCAACUGAAAGGUAAAGUCAAGCUAAAGAUUGUGUAAUCUAUAAAUAAAAGAUUGUUUAUUUCAGUUUUUGUCAACUCUUAACUAAUGAUCAUGCCAUGCCCCAGAAAAAAAAAAAACAUAAAAAAAUGGAUUAAGAAGCUACUAGUCUCACACUAGUUAAGAUAAUGAGCUUAAAUCUCUUAAUUAAUUAGUACAUUUGCUAAAAAUUAAGCAUAAAUUCAAAUUAGUCCCUAAAGUAAUCUUUGUCUUGUGCCUCUUCUUUUCAUGUACCUUAGAUUCUAGUCUUUCUCAAUAAAAAUCUUGAAAUAAAAAAAGGGUUCAAAAUUAAUUUUGUAGAAGAAGAUGAUGAGGAAAAGUUGGGAAGUUCUGGAUGUGUUUAAGCCAGCAAUAGGUAUGGUGGUGGUUCAUUUUGCACUUACUGGAGUCAAUAUUUUGUAUAAAUUGGCUGCAAAUCAAGAAUUGAAUUUGAGAAUCCUUGUUGCCUACCGCUGGAUUUUUGCUACUGCCUUUUUAGUUCCUCUUGCUCUCAUCAUUGAAAGGAAGAAGAGGCCACAACUUACAUGGAUGGUAGUUUUCCAAGCAUUUCUAUGUGGGUUAUUUGGAGGAGUAGUGACCCAAAAUAUGUAUGUGGAAAGCAUAGCCUUAACAUCUGCAACAUAUGUCAGUGCCAUGUCCAAUCUCCUUCCUGCUCUGACAUUGAUAUUGGCUGUCUCAUUUAGGUUGGAGAAAUUGAUGCUGAAGACGACAAUAGGGAAGGCCAAGUUGAUGGGUACAUUAAUAGAAAUAGGAGGGGCAAUGAUCCUCACUUUCUACAAGGGUCUAGAGAUCAACAUUUGGUCAAUAGAUACUAACCUUAUGAAACACAAUCAGCAGCAAAAUGGCCAAAGUAAUGGCAAUGGAAGUUAUUUUCUUGGCUCCCUCUUGGCAUUGGGCAGUGUCAUCUCUUAUGCAGUGUGGUUGAUAGUUCAGACAAAGAUGAGUAAAAGAUAUCCCUGCCCUUACUCAAGCGCAGCUCUAAUGUCCAUAAUGGCAUCAAUUCAAUGUGUGAUUUUUGCCCUAAGCACAGAGAGGAAUUGGAGUGCAUGGAAAUUGAGAUGGAAUCUUAUGCUUCUCAUAGCUGUGUAUUCGGUAUGUAAAAAUCUCACUACUCCCUUCCAAAUUUAAAUAGAUUUUUACAAUUUUUGUAAUGAAAAACGAAAAUGUUCAAUGCUCCUUCAGAAGUUA